ACAGUGCCUGGAAGAUUGUGACGGGACCAAAUGUAACCCUCAACUACUUCAUUUUCAUAAUUGGUAUCGUCAUCAUAACAUUUAACAGCAUCGACUUUAUCAUCAUCAACACUUCUUCUGUAACUUCACAUUUCGUUUUGGACUACCUGGAUGCUACUGUGACGAAACAGGUAGGUGACAACACUGCUAGCUACCAUGCUGACACUGUGCUGUGCUCAAUGAGCUGUAAAAUGAAUUCAGCUUAAUGUCUGGGCUUGAAAUGUCAGUGAAGUAGAGGUAAUAUGCUCAAAGGUAAGGCCCUUACUAUCAUUUAUGUUAAAAGUACAGAGUAAAUAGGCAUAUUUCUUAAGAUCUAUUGUCUGUCAUGUAUGAGUCAUCUGUGUGUUUUCUCCUCGCUCAGAAAUUAUUGUAAGGAACAACAAACAUAAUAUUUGGAAGUCUACUGCAUCGUAUUCUGUCGUUUAUCUGAAAGCACCAAAAGAAAAAGGAUUCUGUGAUCAUACCGACCCACUACGUGUGAUGUCAGUCCCAUCCUCUGUGAUGACAUCACCACCAGGGCCCCAUCUCCAUAGAAAGAAGCAUUGUGAUUGGCUGAACCUUCAUUAGGACCAAUCAUGUCUCUGACAGUGGACGAGACAGCUGGGGAUCUACCAGUGAGGGACGUAGGGCUGAUGAGAGGAGGGCUGAUGCCCACCGUACCAGACUCUGUGAGAGACGGAAGGUCAUGGAAGAAACCACAGAUGCUCAAGUUAAAAGACCGUCAGAGGGUGUUCCAGGUGCCCAGGGAGCAGCUGGAGGACCAGUGUUUCCGUCUGCAAGAGGAGAACAACCUACUGAGACAGCACACACGCACACAGGAACAGAGGCUACGCAGGAUGUCCACCAAGCUGAUGCGUCUAAGGGAGGGGCGUCCGGGUGAGGCCGGUACCAGGGUCAGGGAGGGGGACAUGGAGGAGAUGAUCCAGGAGCUGGAGGCGCGUGUGGCCACCCUAGAGAGCCAGAAGGGGGCACUGCAGAGCAAACUCAGCAUGGCCAGGCAGCACAUCAUGGACAUGGGGCCUGGACGGAGUUACCACAGACUCAGAGGGCGGGGAAUGGAUGGGCAGGGGGGAGUCAGACAAGCAGCACAGACAGCUCCGCCCCGCUACGGCCUCAGCCUGGAGGACACCAGAGGAGCGAUAGAGACAUUCAGGUCCAGUGUGAUCGAGACCCAGAAGGUGAGGGUGACAGAGCUGGAGCAGGCUGCCCAGUCCCUGAGAGACACACUUGGGGAGAAGGAGAGAGAGAUAGAGGACAGUAUGAAAGAGAUGAGGAGACAACAGGCCGGCGGACACAGGAUCACUAUAAAGGACAAUGUGGACAUGAUCCGCCUGCAGAAGCAUCUGUCAGACAAGAGCGCUGCCCUGCGUGUCAGCCAGGAGAAGUUCAACGUGUUGCAAGAGGCUUAUGAAGCUCAAUUGGAAGAGGGUCAGAGGUCACUGAAGGAGAGCCAGGGGGCAUUGCUGGAGAAGGUAGAGGAGCUGAGUGAACAGCUGAAACAAGAGAGACAGAGAGCGCUGACACUGGAGGGACAGCUCACCGCUGCCACUCUUUCUAUGCAAGCCCUCGAGGAGUUCCAAGAGAGAGUGUCAGACCUGGAAGGAGAGAAGAAUCUACUGAAGGACAGCUAUGAUACACUCCUGGAGAGCACUUUAUCUGUCCACAGUCAUGCGGAGGAGAAGGUGGACAGAGAGAGAGAGCUGGAAAAAGAUAGGGAGAGAGAGAAAGAGGAGAUCUGGAGGAUGGACAUAAAACGGCUUGAGGAGAUUCUGCGAGUGGAGAGGGAGGAACGAGGGAGGCUGGAAGAGGAGAAAGAAAGGUUGCAACGGGACAAAGAGAGGAUAGAGGAACAACAGGAGAGGGAGAGAGAGUCCGUUGAGUCGAUUAGAGGAAAACAUGAUCGAAUGGAACAGGAAGUUCUACAGUACAGACAGGAAGUGACAUCACUGCAGAAGAGACUGGACUCAGUCACAAAGGAGUUUGACAUGAGUGUUGAGGACCUCAGUGAAACCCUGAUACAGAUUAAGACAUUUAGGCUACAGCAGGAGGGCCGUGAGGGUCUGCGGUUCCUAGGGAUUGAUGCGAAGGUGGAGGACUCAUCCAGAGAGCUGAGGGACCUCCAGGCAUCCCAAGCAGAGACUGUGUUAGAAUUACAGAAGACCAGAGACUUACUGUUACUGCAGCACCGCAUCAAUAAUGAUUUGCAGGCUGAGUUGAACACAAUGAUAGAGAGAGCAGAAAGAGAGAGGGGGGAGACCAAGAGGAGGGUAGCGGAGAAAGAUAAACUACUUGGAAGAAGAGCCUUGCAAAUCAACACUUUACAAGCUCAGCUGAAGGAGUUAGCCUACAGCCCUAGGAACUACAAACGGAACAUACCACUACAGUACACCUGGCCGGGGGGGGACCAGGAAGUGGUACAGCCCAUUGAAGACGACACCACUUUCUCUCAACUACGAGCGGGGGAGUCCCUUUUGGAGAUCCACCUCAGGGGGGCAGCCUUCACCCCUGGGGGGCUACGGACCAUGGGGGGCGCCCGGAAAGGGGCGGGGUCAAAAGGUGAAGCGGUUGUGACCUUUUGCACCUACGCCCUCCUGGACUUUGAAAUGCACUCCACACCCCUGGUUUCGGGAGGGCAACCCAACUACGGAUUCACAUCGAAGUACCCCCUCUCUGCUCGUGAUUUGGGGAGGCUGGGGGGUCAGGGGGGAGGGGUGCUGGUGGAGCUGCACCAGGCAUUGGGAGGGGUGCGUUUCUUGACCCGAGGGGGGGCGCAGGUGCCACUGGUUGGAGCGGUAGAGAGGAGAGGGGAGCGGGUGAGCGGACGAGUCAACAUCGCAGGCUCUGAGGGAGAUGUCAUAGGGAUCCUGGACUUUUGGAUGCGUCUCUUCCCUCCUGCGGAGCCCAUGGACACACUGAUAGAGAGAGGAACGGACAGAAUGACAGAGAGAGGAGCAGACAGACGGAUAGAGAGAGGAGCAGACAGACGGAUAGAGAGAGGAGCAGACAGAAUGACAGACAGACUGAUGGACAGAAGGACCAUCAGUCCACAGAGACAGUGGAGCCCCAUCUGGGCCCAGAGAGGUCUAGGCUUGGAGGACAGUGUGCGCGAGCAGGAGCUAUUUGACUAUGGCGGAGGUAUACCCAACGAGCUGGAGGUGGUGCUAGAGCAUUGCGUGGGUCUAAGAGCCCGCUGGCCGGAACUACUUCCGGACUCCUACCUCGUGUACCGUCUCUACGACCUGCCGCCUCACGCUUCCCCCACAAUACCGUGCAGCGCCAACCCACUGUUCAACGACACGGUCAGCUACCCUCUGGCCGUGACCACUGACGUUCUGGAGUACCUAAGAGGGGGCAGUCUCUGGGUCUAUGUGUUCGAUGACAAUGAUGAUCAGACUCCACCUGCUUACCUGGCCAAGACACCCAUACCACUCCGCCCGCUGGCAGCAGGACAACCUAUCAGAGGUGAUUAUGUUCUGAGGGACACGGGUGGCGGUCCGCGGGGGAUGGUCCGCGUGUUCAUACGAUGGAUUUACCCCUUCCAACCACCAGAGGACAGCACCCAAAGACACAAGGAGAUGGACAGGAUGGAGAGAGGAAGCGAGAGAGCAGAGGAACUGCCGAGGCCUAUUGCCAAGCCUAGGGUGAAGUCAAAGGCUGUUGAGCCCAGAAUGGACAGACCUGCUGCACAAAAAGAGACCAGCAUUCAGCCCAAGCCCCGUCCUCCACCAAUCAAGCUGCGAUUACCCCAACCCGACGCCCAAUCAGAGCGAGCCACACCUGUGACAUCCCCGGAACCCAGUGUCGCCACACCCCUCCAGUCUCCAGCGAGAAAACGGGUCACGCCUCUUAGAUCACCUGCCACACUCCUUCUGACACCUGGGACGAGUCAAGCCACGCCCUCCCAGAAGCAGGCGACCCCUCUGAGGCCACCUGAGGUCAGAGGUCAGAGUUCGCCUGUGUCAGAGUUGACCCCAUCUCGACCUGACUCAGCUCGUUCCUCCAGGAGUUCCGCCAGCGAUGAUAAGAGUUAUUUUAAGGAUAUCCCCUCACUGGAACAGGUGUCUUUGGAAGAGGAGGAGGAGGAGCAGGAGGAGAAAAGUGACAAAGCCCAAGUGGAUAGUGAGGUCAUGGAAUCCAGAGAAUCAAGGACCUCCAACCGUAGUGAUGUCAUCAUUGUUCCUCCAUCUUCAAGGAGAAUCAGAAAGGGAGACAAGUUGAGAGUGGAGAUUCUCUCUCUCUCUUUUGAGCCCACCUCCCGAGUGGCUCUCGAUGAGUCAGUGCAGCGCGUCUAUGUGGAGUACCGCCUCCUGGGAGUUCCCAUGGAAACCACAGAGACACCCAUGUCCCUCCGUAAACCAUCGGACGGGGAGGAGAUACAUUACAACUUCACACGAGUCAUCUAUGUGGACAGCUCUGAGGCAGCCCCACUAAGACAGUACCUGUACACCAUGCUGGAAGGAACUGACCCAAACCAGGGCAGGUUGAAGUUCACAGUGGUCAACGAGCCAAUGGAUGAUGAUGAUGACGAUGACGAGGAGUGUACCGACGUUGGCCACGCUUUCCUGGACUUACAGGAACUGCUGCUGACAGGAAAUGACAUCACCGAGCGGCAGAUCGACAUUGUCAGUGUGGAUGUAGAGAAAGAGGUGAUGGGAAAACUCAAAGUCUCUCUGGAAGCAGCAAAGACUUUGACUGGGAUAUACUGGGACUAUCGCCAGAAGAGAGAUCAAGAGACCAAGAAGGAUGAAGAGAAUGACGAGAAGGAGGAAGAUAAGGAGCAAGAGGAGGAAGAGAGGGAAACAUUGAAGAAAGAAGAUGAAAUACAAGUGAUAGAUUAUGACAUUGAUGAUGAUGACAGUGACUUUUACUAAAAGUGGAAAUCUGAAAAGGAUAUCAUGAAACAGAUAGGAAUUGUGGUCCCUGAAAUAAAGGAUAUUGAAUAACAGUAAACGUCUGACCUUGUAUAAUAAAACAUA